CGACAAUCAAACAUUUUAGCAGUGUUAUGGCAUGAUGAGAGCCAAGUUUCUGUUAUGACUAUGAUAUCGUAAAGACAUGACGAAGAAAAAAGCAGCAAUGGCAAAAUGUUAGUUCUUAUACCUCCAGCGUUUUGAUAAUACAUCAAAAAUUCAGCAAAUUUCGAUGAUAUACUGGGAGGGUUCACACUCGCUAUGCUUGCGGUGGGUUCACAUCUCUUUUUGGAAAAUUUGUGAACGGGCGGACUCUUACAUACUCUUGCCGAAGAGAAGAAUCGAGAAUAUUUUCAAAAUAUUGCUCAGCAACACCUAACUGGAAAGAUAUUCUCUUCAGGUUCAGGUCAAAGAAGAUGCUUUUUGUCAAUAUUCGCAUGACUAUGGACAUAAUCAAUGAUGUUUUCUUCGCUCACAUUGGGGCUAAACGAUGACAAGUGUAUCCACUUAGUUUGUGCAAUUACAUCAGUUCGCUCCAGGUUUUACGUCCUACAACAAUAUUAUCGGCAUGUCUCUUUUUGUUUUUCUUUCUCAUCACAGCAAUGAAGUUGGCUUCGUCGUUUUCGAGCAUAACUGAGUGGCUACUGUGUGCCAAAUGCAUCGUGACGGCAUUGUUAUUGGACGAAGAGGGAGAAACAUUAGAACAAGCGAGAGUUUGCGAUGUAUUACCAGCUGCGGCGGCGGCGGAAUAUGAUAUAGAAGAUGAAAUUACAGCUGUGGACCUUGAAGUAUUCCGGCGCUCUGAGCGGUUGGAGAAUCUACCACGAAAAAUUACAAUUUCUGUAGCAUCAGAUCCGAACACUGCGGAAGAAGCGAUGCUUCGCAUAAUUGUAAUACUUAUAAGCAUAUUCUUGAUACAUUAA